AUGCAAAAGUGGUUCAGCACGCGCGAAGAGACAGAGGCCUUCCAGGCAGAGGUGCAGAAUAUUGAACAAUGGUGGCAGACGGAUCGUCAGCAGCACAUCCAACGGUACGUGUCCGCCUCAGCAGACGUUGACGCUUCGGACGUUGACAUUGUCCAGCCCAUAUUCCGCCAAGUCCAUCGCUGCCCUCCGCAAUCUCGCUUUCCAGAUCGAGUACCCUUCGAGCGCUCAAGGCCGUAAGCUGUGGAAGAUUCUCAAUGAGCACAACGAGAAUGGGACGUAUGAGCUCACCUUCGGCACUACCGAGCCACUGAUUGCAAAGGAGAUGGCCAAGCAUUGUGAGGAUAUCGGAGAGGCCACAUACCGGGCUACGGUGCUCACUGUCGCAUAGUGCAGACGAUCUACGUUUCUGGCGCCCUCUGUGGACUGUCUCAAGCCGCCUGGCCGGGUGCAGAUCACGCCGACUACCCGGCCGAUCUCGUUCCAAGCGUGGUCAAGCGCAUCUUCAACACUCAGCUAUGGCACGAUCAACGCCAGACUCAAAUGCGUCUUCGUUACUCUGAAGCUGAUCGCAAAGAUCUGGAAUGUAUUGAUUACAUGCUCCCAAUCAUCGCCGAUGCGGAUAUGGGCUUCGGUACUCUUACCGGCUGCAUGAAGAUGGUCCGCUCCUUUGUCGACGCGGGAGUUGCAAUGAUCCACAUCGACGAUCUAGCACUUGGCCUCAAGAAGUUCACCACCGGGGAGGGCCGCACCAUUGUUCCUACCUCGGAGUAUCUGAACCGUUUGACCACAGUCCGGAUGACUUUUGAUAUUCUCGGUGUUGACACCAUGCUGCUCUGCCGCUGCGACAGCGAUCAUGCUGAAUUCAUUACCAGCGUUGUCGACCCAAGAGAUCAUCCAUUCGUUCUCGGCGCCACGAACGAAGUCGAGUCUUUCAAUGAGGCUCUGGAGGCCGGCAAGGCUGGAGGCAAAGACUACCUUACCGUCAAGGGCGAGUGGAAGGCCAAGGCUGGCUUGAUGACUUUCGACCAAGCAGUCAAGGCCGCUGCGAGUGGCGAGCAAUACUCCAAGUACGAGAGCGAGGUUGCUGGCAAGAUUGUCCCCCUGCAGAAGCGUAGAACAAUCGCUAAGCAGUGUCUUGGCAAAGACGUGACCUUUGAUUGGGAGCUUCCAAGACUACCAAUGGGACAAUACAUGUGGCAAUGGACCAAUAAGCAGGUUAUCGACCGAGCGAUUCUAGCUGCGCCUUUGGGUGACGUUACGUGGAGUCGUCAAGGUGCGCACGGUCAUUCUGAAGCUCAUCGAGUGUUCUAGAGCUGACAUCAAUGCAGAUAAACCCAGUACGUUGAUUACCGAAAGGCUAUUGUCUUUCCGUCAAUUCUAGCAAAGGCCAAAGUCACAGCACGGAACAUCGCAAAAUCAGCGGUAGCAGCUGUUGAGAUGACCUUGCGCUGUAAAAUGAUGCUUCAAGGGAGUGCAACUGACCAUUCCGCACAGACAAGCAAGACAUGCACGAUUUCCACACCGAAGUCCGAAACGUCUUCCCCAACCGCCUCUUCGCCUUCGGAUACACCGGCUCCUACGACUUCAUCAAAGCCGGUUACACACAAGAAGAAUUUGAAAGCUUCCCUCAAGAUAUUGCAAAAAUGGGUUGCGUUUGGCAAGUACGUCCAUUGCUUCCUGUAUCACUCAAGAUAUCAUUUUAUCUGAUUUCAUUUCCAGUUUCAACCAAUCUGGGCGACCCAAGGUCUUAGCUUACACGCCAAACAAUUCGCCGAGAAGUUCAAAAAGGAGGGUAUAGCAGGUUAUAUGCGCGAUGUCGCGAAGCCCGCGAUUGAGUGCAUGGCUACAGAUAAGUCUGGCAGACCUACUGCCAGAGGCGACUUCCUGGCAGAUGCGUUCUUUGAUGUCGUUGCUGGGCUGGAGAUCACUGAUGUUGUGAAGUAG